AUGAAGUCCGUCGUGGCAAUUUCUCUACUGGGGCUCACUAUGGCCCUCCCCAUGGGGGCGCUGUCCGAAGAAAUGAGCAGUGAAAUGAUGGACAGUGUUGACAUGAUGGAAAUGGAAGAUGUCACCCUCCAGGAGACGCAGGAUGUGUUGGAAACCAGCACUGCUCCGCUGCGCUACCUCGAAGAAGACAGCACUGAAGACGGUCUUAUUCUCAUUCCGGAGACGGCCUCUCCGAUGCGCCUUCUUGGCAAGAAGAACCGUGCUGUGUACCUCGCCGCACCGAAGUAUGUCACUGCCCCGGUUGUGCAGAAGAAAAACCCAGUUCCAGUCGUCCGUACAAAGUACUCGGCGCCUGCCCCAAUCAAGAAGACGCCGCCCCCAACCAAAAAGACCCCAGUGGUGGUGUCAUCUAAAUAUACCCCGUCAAUCGUGUCGACGAAGUACACGCCAGCGGCCCCCUCGAAGAAGUGGAGGCGUCUAGCGACCCUGGAAGAACAACCGAUUGAGGAAGAUUCCGCUUCCCUUAUGUCCGAAAGCGGGGUUGUCGAGGAAGAGCGUGACCUGAAGAAAAACAGCGGCUAUUAUGUCACGUACGCCCCCGUCGUCGCUAGUCCGUACUGCGCUAUUGGAUCUUCUUGUGCUCGCUACCUUGCUGAAGAAGAGGUAAGCGAUGUGCCGCUUCUGAUCGAGGAGGAAGAGGCCGUCUACGAGCAAAGUGUUCCAGAGCGUGCUCUGGGCAAGAAGAGCCGUGCUGUGUACGUGGCCCCCGCCCCAAAGAAGUACGUUGCUCCCCCUACCAAGAAGCUCGCUACGCCGGUCUACCGCCCUGCUCCUGUUCAGAAGAAGGUCGCCGCCCCUGUUCAGAAAGUCGCUGCGCCCGUCCUGAAAAAAUCCGCCGCCCCUGUUGUCCACAAAGCCCCUGCCUCCGCGCCAUCGAAAUACCAUCCGGCUGUGACGACUUCCAAAUACACGCCCGUGGCAGCUCCCAGUAAGAAAUGGCGCCGCCUGGCCGAGGAAGACGUCAUGACUGAAGAGGAGUCAAACGUGGUGGAGGGUGAAAGCGACGAGGCAGAGCGCGACCUGAAGAAACGUGAAACGUACUACUACCCUGUUCCCGCUUACCACGUUGUUGCCGCUCCUUACUGCGGCGGUGGCGCUGCUUGCUAUUAA